AUGCAGAAAGGUGACAAGCUUGAACUUAAGCAAUGUCCGCAGAAUGAAAUGGAACAUAAAGAGAUGCAAAAUUACCCUUAUGCAUCUUCACUUGUGGGAAGUUUGAUGUAUGCUCAGGUCUGUACAAGACCUGAUAUUAGCCAUGCAGUCGGUAUGUUGGGUAGAUUUCAAAGUAACCCUGGAACCGCUCAUUGGAAAGCUGCAAAGAAAGUGUUGAGAUACUUAAAAGGAACAAGAAAUCAUAUGCUGACAUAUCGAAAAUCAACACACAAAUGGUUGGAUUUUCGGACUCAGAUUUUGGUGGAUGUCAUGACUCAGACAUUGUACUCUUGGCUAUGUGUAUCUCCUUUGUGGAGGUGCCAUUCAUGGAAAAGCCAAAACUCGCAGUUGAUUUACACAUCCACUAUGGAAGCUGAGUAUGUUGCAUGUUAUGAGGCUUCUAUUCAAGGAAGUUGGUUGCGGAAUUUCGUGUCACAGUUUGGGGCAUUAAGUUUUGUUGACAAAGUCCUUUAA